AUGGGCGCGGUCGAGAGCUGCUGCGGCAAGAGACGCCCGCCUGACGCGCCCGCCAUGCCCUCGAAGCCGAUCAGUGCUCUAGGGAACCAGUAUGUAACCUUCCAGCCCGAACAGCCUGAGCUUUUUAUCAUGCGUCAACGUGUCUGGCACUCUAGUCAGUCAUAUGACGUCAAGGAUGUUGCUGGAAACGACUGGUUCAAGCUCGAGGGCAAGGAUGCGCAGUGGACGGGGAAAAAGAAGCUUGUCUUGAAUACUGGAGCGCCACAUUGUGAAAUUGAGAAAAAGAGCUCGAGUGUCUGGCAUAUUUAUGUAUCACAUGAAAGGAGAGUAACGCUAAGGCGUGAGAAUGUUGAAGGCCGACCAGCGUAUCACGUAUACCUCCAUGACGCGCCCUUUCCUUCAAAGCAUUUAUACAGAGAUGGGAAGAUGAACGGAGGGACGUCAGAGGAUCACGCCGGAUGUACCGAACCAAGGCUGAUUAUAGGCGGCGACUUUAGCAGUUGUGAUUACUGGUUUUAUGAAUUCCGAUCACGGGACCAAAGGCGAAUAGCAAGAGUCGAAAGGAAUGUGGACGGAAGCGCAUCUCUGCCAAAAGACUCCUACUUUGUUCAUGUUGCCGCCUCUGUGGACGUUGCACUGAUCCUCUUGGCGUCUAUGAUCGUGGAUGCAUGCGAGCAGGAGGAAGCAAACAAUGAUGGGAAUGAUAGCUUGUACUCUGGAAGAUGGAGACAUUCUCUGGAUCCGGUCCCUAUCCAAAUUAAGCAGCAGCAGAUGCAGGGGAAAGCAGAUCCAAACUUGUCAAAGGUACCACCGCUGUGGCACAAAGGCAAGACGCCGAGGGCAGGAGUUUGACAGAGGACCAUGAUGCCUGAAAGAACUGAGAUCCUCUACUAACAAGUCCCCCUCCCAAAUCCCCCGUCCCUUCCCCCCUAUAUUCCCCUCUCUUUCUCUCUCUCACCUCUGGAAGACUCGCCCGGCGCUUGACCUGCUAGCAACAACUGAUUGUCGGGCAACCAUCACUUGGCAUGGCCAGCACCCUUGCCUCGGUCAGAGUCAUCCAUCUGUUAGUGCCUCGCAAUAUUGAAUAAAAUGUAGUACU